GGUGCCUCCCACAAGCCCCCGCGCCUUGUCCUCCCAGCCCUCAAGGCCGCCGUGUUGCUAGCGUCCGGUCUCCGGAAUCCCGGUCCGCCGCCACCGCCGCUGCUGCCAUGCUGCCCGCUGCACUGCUCCGCCGCCCAGGCCUGGGCCGCCUCGUCCGCCAGGCUCGUGCGUACGCUGAGGCCGCCGCCGCCCCGGCCCCCGCCGCAGGCCCCGGUCAGAUGUCCUUCACCUUCGCCUCGCCUACUCAGGUGUUCUUCAACGAGGCCAACGUCCGGCAAGUGGAUGUACCUACACUGACUGGUGCCUUCGGCAUCUUGGCAUCCCAUGUGCCCACUCUGCAGGUCCUGCGGCCCGGGCUGGUGGUGGUUCAUGCCGAAGAUGGCACCACCACUAAGUACUUUGGUCAGUGUGCAGCGAACUGGAGGGGUGGGAGGGGUGUAGAUUAA